AUGAUGGAAGAUGACCGAUUUACCGAUACGAUUUCGCGAAACACUUCUGUGCAGUCAGCAAUUGAACGUUUCGAUCAUCGAAGGCCAGUUGUCGUGCAGAACCGUUCUAAAUCUACCAAGACAACAUCUCCUGAGGGAACAACUAAUGUUUUGACAUACGACAACUACCACGGUAUGUUUCAUGCGCAACCUGUUCCUUUACCGAGAAAUUCGUCGUCUUCAUUGUCAAGUCCACCACAUGAAUCGACGUCUACAUUAUCUACGACUCCUAAUAAACCACUAAAUUUAAUACGAGAAGAGAGUCUAAGAUUCCACCCAACUACCACGGAGCUCAUUCAUCCUGCUCGAGACGAUGUGAUCUAUCAUCCGAUGAAGCCACCAGCCCAAUCUUCUCGGCUUUCACACAUUGGUGCAGGAAUCACUGGAAUGUACCAACAGCAAACACUAACUACGUCUAUGUCUGAGGACGAUAGUUAUGAAGAUGAAAUGGAUGUUAAUACUGCUAAGAAGGACCCAGCGCCGUCGCUACCUAAUGCGCCACUCGCUUUGACAGAUUCUGUCCAACUAUCAACAUCAUUUCUAAUGAAACAGGUACGAAAUUUCUUUAUUCGAGCUAUAUAA